AUAAAGUACACAAAUAUAUAUAUUUUUUUUACUCACAGUAGCUUGACAGUUGUCAAAGUUUUUUUUUUAAUGUAAUAAAAUUAAAAGAAAUCCCUGAAUUGAUAGUAUUCACUUUUGGGUGAAAAUUCAGGUGUGUGGUGGGCGUUGGCUUAUGACUUUUGUUUAAACAAGGCGAUCGAGUUAGUUCAACAUUCGUCAGUUGUUGGGAUUCAAGGUACGUCAGCAGUCGAGGGCAGUGACCGGUCGGAAGUUAUGAUGUCCUCAAAGCCUGUGAUACACAUUGCGGAGUGGGAAUCCGCAUCCAUUACACAAUCUCUACGCAAACUGGCACCAGAGUUGACCAUCAGACGAGUUCCAGUUCCAGAUUUCUAUUCGCCCGGUCUGCCAGAAGACGUUGGCAAUCCAGGAGAAAUUGAACUGCUAGUCUGUUCUCCUUUCUUUGUGAUUAAGCUGGCUGACACCGGAAUCCAUUUACCUAACCUCAGGUGGAUGCACAGCAUGGCGGCAGGAUUAGACAUGAUGAAGAAUUUUUUCAAAGGAACUCAAUUUCAGCCGGAGCCUCGCUUUCUUCUGACGCGCGCGCCACACAUCAACGCCGCGAGUGUGGCCGAGUAUGUGGUGGGCCAGAUCCUGUGCACCAGCGCCAGUUCUUGGAAUUCUACGACCAACAGCGUGUGUCAGUCUGGAACAGGAGAACUGGUCUGACAGAAUCCUUGAAUGGUGCCACAGUAGUCGUAUUGGGAAUGGGAAACAUUGGCACACGUGGUGGGUUACCGUUUGAUGAUAAAGAUUGUGUACCCA